ACGCGAGCUUAUAAAAAUCGUCUAGAACAAUGGCAGUGAAUGUAUAUUCAACAAAUGUUACAACCGAGAAUUUAUCCAGACAUGAUAUGCUGUCUUGGGUAAAUGAUUGUCUGCAGGCACAGUUUUCGAAAAUUGAAGAACUCUGCACCGGUGCUGCUUACUGUCAAUUUAUGGAUAUGCUAUUUCCUGGUAGUGUGCCCAUGAAACGUGUCAAGUUCCGUACAAAUUUGGAACAUGAAUAUAUUCAGAAUUUUAAGAUAUUACAGGCCUCCUUUAAGAAAAUGAGUGUUGAUAAGAUAAUACCCGUUGACAAAUUGAUAAAGGGUCGUUUUCAAGACAAUUUUGAAUUUCUGCAAUGGUUUAAAAAAUUCUUCGAUGCCAAUUAUGAUGGACGUGAAUAUGAACCAUUAAUUGCUCGCGGUGGCAUUCGUCUGGGCAAUGGUGUUGGUGGCGGCGGUAGUGGUGUUGGCAGCAGUAAUGAUUUACUCGUCGACAGACGUCACAUACAAAUGCCUUCGGGACGAUCACAUCAUACUGCUGCAACAACACACACACGAACAACCGCUACAAAAGUACCACCCAGAGCAGCACCUGCAGCAAAUUCAAGAACCAAUGCCAUUUCAAACAGUGGCGGAGCUGUUAAGAAAGCCAAUGACAAUUCAAAUGCUGUAACAAAUCAACAAAUUGAGGAAUUAUCAAGUCAGGUUAUGGACAUGCGUUUAAAUUUGGAGGGUUUGGAAAAGGAACGAGAUUUCUACUUCUCCAAAUUGCGUGACAUAGAAAUUCUCUGCCAAGAAGCCGAUGAAGGCGAUUCGCAUCCUCUAAUACAGAAAAUUUUGGAAAUUUUGUAUGCAACGGAGGAUGGUUUUGCGCCUCCAGAUGAGAUUCCACCCGAAGAUGAGGAAUAUUAAACACACAACCAUAUAUAUAUUAUGAGCCAAGCAUGUGUGUGGUGCGCGGUGUGUUCUCUUCUUUAUGAUUUCUUUUCGUUUCGU